UGCCUAUCUGCUCCGUGCGGCCGCAGCAGUUCAGCCGAUAUGAAUGAGGACUCAAGUCUCAAAGUUGCAGUAGCCUAUGCUAUCUGCCAAAUCGUCACUCAUGUCACUGUGUCACAUCAAUCAUAGGAUUUGUUACAAUUUACUUCUUUUCCCGCCGUCAGGACCUACAAUUCUAAACAUUAUAGCCUCCGAAAUCACGAGACAGAGUAACAGGCAAAGAGAUAAUGUCUUCUGCACCGAAACGCCGCAGGUUUAGUCUGGCCGAGACGGUUUUGAUGUGCACUGAUCCAUCUCAGGUGCUGGAAGAAGAUCUUCCCAUAUUGGAUGGCAAUGACACUGAUAUCAAUCUGUCGGAUGUGUCAGAUCACAGCUCUCAAGGUGAGGAGGACAAUGAAGUAGGAGAGGCUAUGCGAGAAGAGGAAGAGGUAAUGAUGGAGAGAGAAGAGGCGGAGGAGGCAGGUGAAGCAGUGGAGGAAGAAGUGGAGACCAGAGUGAGAGCCAGGGCAGAGUAUAGAAGAGCUUCAGCUCAGGCCACUUCCUAA